CGUUGUUUACGGGAGAAAUCUCCGACCGGUCGCCGUAGUCGACUGUCGAGACAGCGGGUUAGUGCCGCGCGACGCGUCGUCCAACCAUCACGUCGGAUCCACACCUCGCGUGUUGACGUGCCAAACAUUAUUACGAGCCCUCUCGACCAGUGUCCUGUGCUGUGUAUGUGAAGAAAGAUUUUUUGUUACAAAGUGCGUCUACCUGUCCGGAUUGUUUUUCAGUAUACCGAUGGGGAGCCGGUGAUGGGUCGGUGGACGCGCGCGUUCGCGCUGUGGGGCGUGUUGGCGCUGCUGUCAACGCGCGUCGCCGCCUACACUGUGGACUGCAACCACGAGUACACGGAUUGUGACACUGAACUUAGUAAAAUAGCCAGCGAAGAUGAGGAGAUGUCAUCAAGCUCGACAACAACUGUUGAAAUAACUUCAACUUCCACCACAACACUGCCUACAACACCAAAAAUGAUAGAUACAUCUGAAAACAAAACAGAUAUAGAUACUACUACCGAAGCUCAAAACGUAAAUGAAGCUAAACCUAAACCUAGAUUAUUAAAUUUGAGUGUAGAUGAACUCCAAAACUUUGCUAAUGCAUUACAUAAUCAGACUGAAGAUAGGAGUAAUAAGAAAGGUAUAGAUUUAAGUGAUGUCACCCUUGACGAUGACGAAGACGAACCACCGAGGGUGUUGCCUGAACAUAAACAUAAAGAUAUUCCAGACAAGUUCUACACGAAUUUACAAGCGCCCUUCCAUCAUCUGUUGAAUCCUGAUCGAGGCUCUGAUGAAGUUGAGACUUGCAAGGAAAAUGAAAUUUUUUACAAAGUUGGAGAAAGGAUGGAUCGAGGUUGCGAAGAAUCCUGCGAGUGUACACCAGGCGGUGUCUUCGAAUGCUCGCCACGCUGCAAGCAUCCGUACAUUCGUCGUGGCAGACGGCUGAACGACCCGCUAUGCUUCGAAUCACCUGUCGAUGACUGCUGCUCUAUCAUGGCCUGUGCAACUGGAAAUGGAGAUAUUAAGCCCACUAAAGUCGAAGUCUGUCGUUACGGCAAUGAGACUUAUGCAGUAGGCACGAAAUGGAAUUUUGGGUGUGAGCAGAGUUGCACUUGCGAGCCGAAUUCCAUCGUCACCUGCAAGCCAAGAUGCAAUCCUCUUCCGCCUUCUGAGAAGUGCAUCAACGUCCAAGAUCCAAACGAUGCGUGCUGCGAGAUCCAAGUCUGCGAUGUAUCUCACGAUGUACACGAAGAGCCUAGUGAAAAUAUCACUUCUUCUACCACCAAAGAGACUAAUGGAAACUUCGAAGACUUAGAUGAGCUAAGAGCAACGAUGCGACCAUUAGUACUAGCCGAACCUAUAGGCUCAGUGAAAGUACUCCACAACAAUUCCGUUCAAGUCAACCUCAUGCACUUAAACAACAGUGAAGAUCCUAUCCACCUACUCCUCAGCAGCGAUGGAGGAAAGUCUUACGAGGAUGUCGAACUUAAAUAUUCAAAUCUGAUACUUGAUUUAGAAGGUGGCAAAGAUUACAUUCUUAAGACCAAAGAGACAGGAACUAAAUUCAAUUUCACAAUAACUGCUUCUAAUGCUGGUGUUAACGAAGUGCAGGAUGAAGAAUUAGUAAAUACUACAAAGGCUGGAUGUUUUGAGAAUGGUCAAUUUUAUGCCGUGGGUGAGGAGUUCCACAUCGGCUGCGAACAGCUGUGCGAGUGCACAGGGCCGGACACACGGGAAUGCGCCGAGAUGAUCUGUCCCUCGCACGUGGGCUUAGAGCUGAUGUCCAAGGGCUGUGUGAAGUGGGCACCCAACCCCCCAGCACAGCCGCCCAACUGCUGCCCUCGCUCCGCCAGAUGCCUCAGCGAUGGCACAUGCCAUUAUAAUGGAAUUGCUGUACCGAAUUGGAGCGAAGUUCCUCUGUCCCUAACUGGUUGUGAACGUCGGUGUUACUGUGAGAAUGGUGUGCUGGACUGUCAGGAAGUUUGCGCCCCGCUCCCGCCUAUACCACCACAGACCUUGAGAUGCCCACCGCUUCAUCAUCCAACUCCUGUGAACAUAUCUGACGAGGACUGUUGUAAGAGAUGGGCUUGCGUGCCGAACGCAAACGACAAAGGAUCAUCAUUAAAAACUUACAGCAUGCCGAAACUUGGUGAACCGAACAUGAACUUCGUAACGCCCGUGGUACCACUGCUACCGACUAUUGCCUCAUCAAUACUCCCCACGCCACUUACGACCGAUUCCAUAGACUUUUACAAACACUUGACUCCUGUGAAAUCAUUUUCUAAACUUAAACCUGUCAACCCUGUUUCUAUUAGUAAGGCAAAGAAUGCUAUCACGCAAGACAAUGCAUCAGACAAUAAUAUUACAGUUUUCACUCUAGAUGAUUUCGAAUCACCAUUCAAGACUAUUCAUGCCGAACCUCCUUUGGUCAAUCAUGAUUAUCAAUUCCCCUUCCAAGAUCAUCGACAAGGUGCCGUGAUUGACAAUCCUAAGAAACCACCUAACUUCAUAACUCAUCUUCACCAUGGAAAUGAUAUGAAUUUCAUACUGACUGACAAGAAACAAAAUCCUUUACAAAAUGCUAUAGAAUCCAGAUAUCCUACUUUUAAACAGCAGUAUCUGUCGCAUUCGUUGGGUCCUCUAAAAAUUCCAUUUCAAAUUCAUGAUCCCGUAAAGAAAAUUCCAUUAUCUCAGAUUGAUAAUUUAGAUCUAUUUUUGCCAGAUCACGACCAUAAGGUUAUUACACCCACAGUUUCUUACCCAAAAGCGUACGUGAAUCCUACUAUUAAAACGAUAACCGAUCUUAGGACAAACCAGAAAUUUUUCGAGCCCGCAAUAAUGAAUAAAUCUGCAAAUUAUCCUGUUCCUAAAGUAUCUAUAAAUUCCAUUCUAUACAAUGAUCCAAAGGAAAAUGCUGCAUCAGGCACUCAUAAACAAGUCACUGUUUUACGGACAAAUGACGUUCAGAAUGUAAAGACGACCAAAAACCAACAUAAUGACAUUAUUUGGAGGCAAAAUGAUAAACAUCUGUUAACGAAAGCACCUAAUCCUUACGAGACAGUAUUACUGAGAGCUGUACCGAAUGCUCACAUUGACACAGUACCAGCAUCUACUACAAACACAAAGAUCCGAUAUGCUGGUAAACCAUACUCCUCCUUAGACCUUGAACAUUUGCUCAGUCAGAUGGAAAUAGAAUCGGAGGUGAAUAGGAAUCUUGGAAGGUCGGCCGAUAAGAAUCAAGAAGCAGCGGCAGGUCAAGGCUCAGCAGCAGGAUUCCCGAUGCACCCGGCGCAUCCCCCUCAUCCAGGACCGUCAUUCCUCCCAACGGUUCCUCCAGAAAAACGCUACCCACAAGAAGGUGUAGCUGACUAUGAUGACAUACACCGGCCCGUCAAUUCGUUGGAACCAAACCUACCAGGGUUGCCUCCAGAAUUCACUGUGCCUCCACACUUUGUAGACGACAAUAAGAAACUGACCGUCAUUUCCAUUCAAGCCGAUUCACCGACAAGUAUCAAAAUGUUGUUUGGAUUGCCGCCACUUCUUGUAGGACUGAGAGGAAGCAUUGAUUUGAGAUACACGGACAAACCUGAUGAAGACGUCUCGAAAUGGAAUUCGCAAGUGUUCGCCCCAGCUGACGAAGUAUUGACUACGCCACGAUUAGAGUUCCGUUUAACAGACUUAAAGCCUUCUACUACGUAUAAAAUAAGAGGCAAACUCUAUCUUCACAAUCUCCCAGUGGAACCAGAAAGUGGUGUAUAUAUCGUGCAUACUCCAGACCUGCCAACGGCUGGUCCAGUGGAGGAGAAACGCAGAGAGAUCGACAGCAAGUUGACCGUGGUCGAUGUAAACGUCACUACUGCGCACGUGAGCUGGAGACACUUCGACGAAGACGAGCUACAGUUUAUUGACGCGAUACAAGUCAGAUAUCGUCCAGUAGGCACUCCGAUAUACAGUAUGACGGAGCUACUGCACCACAGCCGCUCGACAGCUGAACUCCACGACUUGCGGCCUGGGAGCACGUAUGAAGCGUCGUUGGUGCUGGUACCACCACCUAAGGCCACCACGGAGCUGCACGACCCUGGGAAGGUUGAAUUCACCACGGCACCUUUCAUAGACCCAUACAACUGGACAGUGGUAGUAGAGGCGCGUGCGGUGGGCUCGGAGGCGGUGGAGGUGAUGUGGCGCGGAGUGCCUGCGCCGGCCGAGCGCUGGGUGCGCGUGUACCGCGCCGCGCAUGCGUGCGGCGGACACGCCGCGCCGGCCGAGCGCCGCGAGCACGACGACUUCAGGCUCGCCGCCAGGGACCUGCCGGCCACCAUCACGCUUACUGGGCUCGAGCCUAACAGCAGAUGUCGCGUGUGGCUCGAAUUAUUUUUAACAAAUGGCAAAGUGAAGACUAGUAAUGUGUUAGAAAUUAACACAAAAUCAGCGGAUUCACCUGAACCAAUUGACAAUACAAUAGAAGCGUCAUCAGUGGCGGGCAGUCGUGGCAGCCCUAGGGGUGACUACUACGGCGCGCUGGUGGUGGUGGGUGUGGUGGCAGCCUUGGGCGCGUUGACGUCACUGCUGCUACUACUAGUGGUGGUGCGACGGCAUCGCCCACGCUCCGUACCUAUCACACCUGUGCCAACGGCCCCGCGAGAGUCUUCGCUGCCGCCGUAUGACAACCCAGCGUACAAAUUAGAGUUACAGCAGGAAACUAUGGAUCUCUGACAGUUAACCUCCCGUGAGCACAAUGGGCUCAACGGGAUCUCAGAACGCGGCAUUGACGUCCCGGACUCUAACGGCCGGCCGUACAACGAGAUGGGCGUGUGAACAGACAAUGUGUAUAGUGAACUAGUGAUUAUAUGUGAUGUUGUUUAACCCUUUCAUGCAAGUGAUAAGCAGUUUGUAAUAAUCUACUUUUGAUGUUGGAUUUUUAUUCUCAGUGCCUGCCUUUCUGGAAUUCGUGUCCGAUUUGGCAAUAGGCUUGUCUCUUGUUACAUUAUAGGGCGAAACAGACGACGAAAAAUGGGUGUCUUAGUUGCACCUCUGCUUACCCUUUCGAGGUUAAAGGCAUGGUAUGUGCGCUUUGCAUAUGGUAUGAUAACCAGUAAUAGUGUUUGCAAUUGUCUCAUUGUGAAAAUAAAUGUACUUUUCCAUUGUUUACCAUUUUUAAAUUCGGUUGGUAAUCAUAAAAAUAAACUUACAUAGAUUUUUUUUUGUUAAUUUUUUGUGCAGAGACAGAGAGGUCUCUCAGACAUUUUUAACAUUACUGUUAGAAAUAUUUGAACAAUGAAUGGUAUUAACAAACAUUUUGUGAAAGAUUGCAGUUUUUAAAUUAUACCGAAUUAAUAAAAUGGCCACAUUAGAAGUAUACUGAUGACGAUAUGAUGACAUACGUGACAUCCAACUUUAUUACACUUUACACAAAACUGUGUAUGAAAGGGUUAACCAUGCUUUAAAUUAAGUUAACCUAAAAGCUCUGAAUCGAAAUACUGUAUAAUAAAAUAAGGUAGUGAUAACAAAUGAGUUAGGUUUAAUAUUAAAUCAAAGGUAUAAAUUAUGAUAUAAAAAAACUGCAAUUUACCGACAAUGUUACAUUUCACAUUCGUAUUACGGGACCAAAUCUUAUAUAGGUACCUGAUAUUAUGUAGCCAUCAUUACCUCUAUCUACCUUAUCUUCAUACGAUAUGAUGACAGCGAAAAAUGAAAUUUCCCAAAAGCGAACCCGACACAACACAUAAGGGGCCUUAUUCUUUAUGCCACACGUUAUUUUGAUAGAGCGUAGCAAGCACGUAACGCACUGCGUCACUUUAAAGACAAUAGAAAUUGGCAUACAGAAUAUCAUUUCACGCAAAUUUCACGAAGAUAAUGCGACAUGGUCGCGUUACGCGUUUACAGUGACAUACAGAAUAAGGGCCAAGUUCUAAUAUGCAUAAAAACGGUCUGCAAAUCGGUGUAAUAAAUAUUUAAUUUUACAUAAAAGGAAGUCACCAGGAAUCGGGUUUGCUCACCUUCUUUGGUAUAAAAUUCUCGCAGUGUACGGCCGGAUAUAAAAGUAGCCAAUAUGUUCAUUCAGAAUACCUGUGUCCAAGCUUCAUCCAAAUUUGUUUAGCGUUUAGUCAACGAAGAUCCAAUUAAAAUCCAAACUACACGCCAUAGUGGUUCUCGUAAGUGUGUCGCGUUCCAUGCAGCCUGCGUAUAUCCGGAUCCAACAAGCCGGCAUAAUUGUGUCAACUGCCGAGGGGUAAUCAUCUCUCGUCAGUCGACAUUCUAUUGGACCUAACUUAUCAUCAGGUGCAGUGGGGUCAGAUUGUCGUGCUCGCAUAAAAAAAAAAGUGUAAAUGUUUUAAUUUCAUUGUAAAUAUUGUUAAUAAGACUACCGGUAUCGCAUAAUGUAAAAUAAAUAAGCUCUGUAAUUCUUCGUAAUUUUUUAACUGUAAUAUAUAUUUUUAUAAUAUUA